GAAAAUGCAGAUCUCCCACCGUACUGUGCUGCUUUUCGCUGUGAUGGCUAUUGUCAUCUUUCAUACCAGCCAUAGCCAACAGAAUGAAAGUCGUCGAGCAGUGACCGAACACCAGCUGAUGCAUGAUCGUGGACGAAGCAUCCAGAGUCUAAAAAGGCUCAUUUGGCUCUCCAGCGCAAUCGAGGGUCUUCACACAGCUCAGGCCCGCUCUGCUGGGUCUGCUUUCACUCCUUCAAAGUUCCUAAGCUCUCCUCUGAAUCCUGUUCUGGACUCGGCUGGAGGAAGCCCCAGACCUGCUCAGGUUCAAAACUUGCUAAGAGACUUCUUUUAUCCCCACUUGAAUCUAUUGGACAAAGAGCCCUAAAACCACAUAAAUCCACAAACAGGAAAUAAAAUGCAAAGAAAGAUUAAACGUUUCAUGUUCUUGUCUUUGAAAGGAAUUAUAGCUUCUGUGGUGCCAAUAUUUGCAUUCAACAACAAAGAUGUCUGAAGUAAAUACAUUUAAAGAUUAAAGUGCAUAUUUUGUUUAUUAGUGAAGGCCUAGCCUUAAAAGUUUAAUUCCUUUUUUUGUUUUGUACUGUUUGCUUAGUAGUUAACAGGGACUGUCCAUAUACAGAUUUUAUUAUAAACGAGUUAGAAUGUCCUUGUAUCUAUGCUACACUUUCCUUUCAUGAUAUAAAAACUAAAGGUAACAUUUUUCUCAUUUUUCUUAUUAGUUUUAUCUGUGGUAACAACUAGAAAUAAAAGUACUACACAUAUGUUAAAAAAAGAAUCAUUGAUUUAUGCGCCCCAUAAAGAUGCAUAUAAAAAUAAUAAUAGUAGAAUCAGGUAUAAUAAAAUCACAGCAGUAGUAAGGCAA